UCACGUCUCACUCGGAGCUUUCAGGAAGUGGCACCCAGUAAAAGAGAGGCGGUGAGAGCGCGGCGGCUCAGAGGCGCAUGGGAUGCCACCGACGCCAGGCCGCUUCUCUCCACCAUGAUCAACACCUACCAGACCAGCCUGGCUCCACCGCCGGUGCCGCCGCGCCUCAACAGGUCCCACCCGGUCCUCAUCCCCGCGCCGCUCCCAGCACAGAGCAGCAGCAGGCCCAUGAUGCGGUUCCUGCUCUGCGUGGUGCUGCUGAACCUGGUGCUGUGCGUCGGAGGAUUCAUCUACCUGUAUCACCACCUCAACAUGGAACAGCGCUUCUCAUCUGAAGGAACAGUUGCUUUUCGCGCAGCAGAAAAACAGGAAACGUUGGACAGAACCAGAACCAUGGCUCGAAUGGUGGUCAGCAAGUCCUCAAAGGAAUCCAAAUUAAGUUAUCUCCAGUGGGACAUGGACCACUCAGAACUGAAGUCCAUCAACUACUACGAGAGGAGCUGGCUGACUAUCCCCGAGUCGGGCGACUACUACGUCUACUCCAGGGUGACGUUCAGCAGGGGUCACGACAAACUCCCGCUCACCAGCCACGUGAGGCUGAGGAAGAGCCAAGCGGAGGAGGACAAGACCAUAAUGCAGGCCUGCUGCGACCUGGACAAAAUCAGUGACAUCCCGCGCCUGUGCACGGCCUCGCAGGGGGAAGUCAUGACCCUGGAGAAGGGGAACCAGCUCAGCGUCUGGGUUUCGGACCUGUCGCUAGUGAGCUACGAAGAAGGAGCUACAACCUUUGGGAUGUACAAACUCUAGGACUCCAGUGUGAACACGUGCGUGGACCUAAGCUGCAGAGUGGGAACUCGCUGAGUCCAUGGACAAUCGUUUUUGUGGAUUUCAGCAACAAAGACUACAUUUACAAACUAUAAUUUAUUUUAAAAAAGACACUUUACUAUAAGACUUUUUAGGAUAUGGGUUGUGUUAGUUUACGUAGCAUUUUGAAUGAUCUGUAUUUAUUGAUGCUUCAUUGAAACUAAAUCUAUUUAAUCUAAAACAUUUCUUUC